AUGAAUUCUCCAAUGAGGUGUGUAAUGGUUGCGCUCGGAAUUUUGAUGGUUUCUGUGAAGGGAUUGUAUGGUAAGGUGCCGUGCUCGAACACACCUAGGUAUACAUUAAGAGCACAAUCCCGAUUCCCUGUAACCCUGACGGUUCCUCGAACCUCCCGAUAUUUCGAACAAGACUGACUUGCCUUUUCAAUUCAAACUAUGUAAUUUUCCCCCUUCAUUUUUUAGAACCUUUCAAUAAUUCGAAACAAUUUUCUUUUCCCGAGGAGGUUUGGAAACUCGUUAUUCCACUGUGUAAUACACUAAAUAAAUUUGUUCAACCUCGUUCCCAGAUCUUCUCUCUACAGCUGUAAUUCAUAAGAAGCUGACUUUGACCACGUUCAAACUAGAGAAACUUGUGAAAACCGUCUAAGUAAAGUCCUUCUAAUCUUACCAACGUUGCUAUUUUGAUAUAUUAUCAGGAGUAUUCACUAAAAUAUGUUCUACGGGCCGUCAGUCCCCACCAUUUUCAAAUGAAAGCACUUUUACACUUUAAAGGCAAAAAAUCAUCAAGCGCAAAAGCUAUAUAAAAAACUAAAAAGGACAUAUCUCCUUUAACGUUCGCUUAUGUUUCCACUUCUUGGUGAAGGACCCACUCACUCUCGAAAAAGAAAAAAAAUCAAACAGUCAAGUUUUCUUUUUUUUCUCUUCAUUAUCUUGCCUAUUUUAGAAACGUUUCUUUUCGUUUCUGGUCGUUUCGCUACAGUUUAUUUCGCUGCUUGUCAAAAUCUUAAACAGUCCCGAACAGUUAGCUGUGUGUUAUUAACGGAAAAGGGCGCACUUAACGGUACCGUGCACUUUCCAAGUAAUUUGCUUCAAAUACGGAUCAAGCAUUUGAAAUGCAAAGAAAUUUCAAUUGCUUGCUUAGUUUAUACUUCCCGACUUUUUAAUAGAGAGAGUAUAAAUUAUGAAUUCCUGUUUUUCCCCCCAUCAGUCGGAUAUAUAAGACGUGACAAGCUUCAUGAAGACAGCGGGCUCCGAAAGGGCCAUGGAACGAGUUAAAGGAUUUCGAUCUCAUAAAUCACCGUCCAAUAUUCAGUGACAAAGAAGUAAACGUUUUUAUCCGAGUGGUAAUGAGUAGAAAUUUGGAGCACUUUAAACUAGCUACAGAUACAAAGGAUGAUCAUAACAAAUAUCAAAAACAGAAAUUCGCUCUAAAGUCAAACGCAUCAGUCAGCUGAUAUAAAGUUUUUGCUUUUUUUGUCCCCCAGCUUUCGAUCGCGACAAUUUUGGGAUUGGUGCGCCAUAUCCUGCUAACAUCUAUCCAAUUGAGUUCACUUCUACCCAGGUUACCUGUGUAGCCUUUGAUUCAGCUGGAAUAAAAACUCCUGAAAGGAUACAGUUCAUGAGGAAGGACAACUAUGCGCGUUAUACAAAUAUAACUGCUAAUGCAAACAUAUAUUUCACACACCGAACCGAGGAAGUGGACAAGGGUAAGCCGAUGUCUUAUAAAAAUAAAACCUAAAAGUGACUCUAAGUAUUGCAACUGAGUAUCCCAUUUUAUAUUUGAUAUUACACCGCUAUUACACAACGAGAAAGCGCGCUUUACAUUAGUGAUCUGAAUUAGCCUUCGUUCCAACGUCACCGUCUUCCGUCAACCAAAGAGCGGCACGUUGUCUUAACAAUCAUCAGGUUUUACCCAGCAUUCCUUAGUCAUGAGGGGAACACGUAUCUUUAAAUUGACCAUUUCCGCGUGCCAUAAACUCUCACGUUCAAAACGAGGCUAAGAACAAACCCUUGUGAAAAUGAGUUUUAUUUGCACGAGAAUGAAAAAUCAUUUUCCGAAAUCAACGGCUUCGCAGUUAGUCUCGCUUUGAGACAGAGGCUUGGAGAAACUCGGAAAUGGCGUAUUGCUAUUACACUGUUAGGAAUCUGUCAAGUUUUUUAUAUACCUUAUCCUGAAAUAAUACAAUGACAAACAUGCAAGCUAUUCGACGAUGUGCAUAUAAUUAUGUAACCUACUAAGAGUCCCAACACUUCUACAGAUGGAAAGAAGAUAAAGAAGCUCUUUGUCACGAUGCACAUACGGAAUGUAACGUUAGAGUACGAUAGUACGUAUGGUCUAUUGGGAAGGUACGAAUGUCACGCUUUUGCCGUUGGAUCACCCUUGGAACGCAAGCAUGGUUUCAGUGUGAACGUCAUUUCG